CUGUAUUACUACGGUCAGUCGCACGCCGGUUGAGUACGAGUGGCAGCGGUUUGGAAGUUGAGUGUAUGAAUCUUACGGUGGUUUUAUCGUGGUUUAUUGACGUGUAUGUUUUAUUUAUAAGUGAAGCAGUGAGACGGAUUUUUCAAGAAUACUUUCCAGAAAGCCCUUUACAAAGGGUUAAAUAAAAGAGAGCUGUUGGUCUGAUCUAAACAAUGACGACCGACAUCUCAGUGGUGCGUACGGGAUGGGACCCGACGCUUCAACAGGAGAUUGUCGACGAGUACGAAUACGAUGGAGGAAACUCAAGCUCAAGAUUAUUCGAACGAUCACGAAUUAAAGCAUUAGCUGGUGAACGUGAGUCUGUGCAAAAGAAAACCUUUCAAAAAUGGGUGAAUUCACACCUUGUUCGCUGUUCCAGUCGAAUUGGAGAUCUGUAUGUCGACCUCCGAGACGGCAAAAUGUUGAUAAAACUCUUGGAAAUAUUGUCAGGUGAACGAUUGCCUCGACCGACAAAAGGCAAAAUGCGAAUUCACUGUCUAGAAAAUGUAGACAAAGCUCUGCAAUUCCUUCGCGAGCAGCGAGUACAUUUAGAGAACAUGGGAUCUCAUGACAUCGUUGAUGGUAAUCCUCGUCUCACUCUUGGUCUUAUUUGGACUAUUAUUCUUCGCUUUCAAAUUCAAGACAUUACGAUUGAAGAAACAGAUAAUCAAGAGACUAAGUCAGCUAAAGAUGCGUUAUUGCUUUGGUGCCAGAUGAAAACGGCUGGUUACCACAAUGUCAAUGUAAGAAAUUUCACUACAUCUUGGCGAGAUGGGUUAGCUUUCAAUGCUAUCAUUCAUAAACAUCGACCUGACCUUAUUCAAUUUGAAAGAUUAUCAAAAUCGAAUGCUAUUUAUAACCUUAACAAUGCCUUCAAUGUAGCUGAAGAUAAAUUAGGACUAACAAAACUUCUUGAUGCUGAAGAUAUUUUUGUCGAUCAUCCUGAUGAAAAAUCAAUUAUCACGUAUGUUGUAACUUAUUAUCAUUACUUCUCAAAGAUGAAGCAGGAAACAGUUCAUGGAAAACGAAUUGGUAAGGUUGUUGGAAUUGCUAUGGAAAAUGAUAGAAUGAUUCAUGAAUAUGAAAGUUUGACGAGUGAUCUUCUACGUUGGAUCGAAAGUACAAUUGAAUCUCUUGGUGAUCGACGAUUUGCUAACUCACUCGUCGGAGUACAGUCUCAGUUAUCACAAUUUUCAAAUUAUCGAACAAUCGAAAAACCACCGAAGUUUGUAGAAAAAGGAAAUUUAGAAGUACUAUUAUUCACACUUCAGUCUAAAAUGCGGGCAAAUAAUCAAAAGCCCUACACACCGAAGGAAGGAAAAAUGAUUUCGGAUAUCAAUAAAGCUUGGGAACGACUAGAAAAAGCCGAACAUGAGCGUGAACUUGCUCUACGAGAGGAACUAAUUCGUCAAGAGAAAUUAGAACAACUUGCUGCGAGAUUCAAUAGAAAAGCUAGUAUGAGAGAAACUUGGUUGUCAGAAAAUCAAAGACUUGUUUCACAAGAUAACUUUGGUUUUGAUUUGGCAGCUGUUGAAGCUGCUGCUAAGAAACAUGAAGCUAUUGAAACAGAUAUUUUUGCAUACGAAGAACGUGUACAAGCUGUUAUGGCAGUAUCUCAAGAGCUUGAAGCAGAAAAUUAUCAUGACAUUUUGAAAAUCAGUGAACGUAAAGUUAAUGUUCUCCGUUUAUGGAAUUAUUUAUUAGAACUUUUACGUGCUAGACGUAUGAGAUUAGAAUUAUCAUUGCAGCUUCAACAAAACUUCCAAGAAAUGCUUUAUAUUCUUGAUAGCAUGGAAGAACUAAAACAAAGACUAUUAACAGAUGACUAUGGUAAACAUUUAAUGGGUGUAGAAGAUCUUUUACAGAAACAUUCAUUAGUAGAAGCUGAUAUUAACGUUCUUGGUGAACGAGUAAAGGCUGUAGUUCAACAAAGUCAAAGAUUUUUGGAACAAGGUGAAGGUUACCGUCCUUGUGAUCCUACAAUUAUUGUUGAACGUGUUCAACAACUUGAAGAUGCCUAUGCUGAGUUAGUUAAUUUAGCAGUUGAACGACGAGCCAGAUUGGAAGAUUCCAGAAAACUCUGGCAAUUCUAUUGGGAUAUGACUGAUGAAGAAAAUUGGAUUAAAGAAAAAGAGCAAAUUGUAUCCACUGGUGACAUAGGUCAUGACCUUACUACUAUAAAUCUUCUUCUAUCCAAACACAAAGCACUUGAAAAUGAAAUCCAAUCUCAUGAACCUCAACUCAUGUCAGUUGCUGCAGUUGGCGAUGAAUUAGUCCGUCAGCAACACUUUGGAUCUGAUAGAAUUCAAGAAAGACUCCAAGAAAUUUUAGCAAUGUGGAAUCAUUUGUUAGAUUUAUCAGCAUUUAGACGUAAACGCUUGGAAGAAGCUGUAGAUUAUCAUCAACUUUUCGCUGAUGCUGAUGAUGUUGACAUUUGGAUGUUAGAUACGCUGAGAUUAGUGUCAUCAGAAGAUGUUGGUAGAGAUGAAGCAAAUGUUCAAUCCUUGUUAAAGAAACACAAAGAUGUUACUGAUGAAUUGAAGAAUUACGCUACAACAAUUGAACAAUUACAUCAACAAGUCAGUGGUCUGGGUGAACAAGAUGCUAAGUCUCCUGAAGUAGUUGAGAGACUUGCAUCAAUUGAUUCUCGUUAUAAAGAACUCUUAGAGUUGGCCAAACUCAGAAAGCAACGAUUGUUAGAUGCUUUGUCGCUUUACAAACUCUUCAGUGAGUCUGAUGGAGUAGAACAAUGGAUUGGAGAAAAGAAUCGUAUGUUGGAUACUAUGGUACCAGCUAAAGAUAUUGAAGAUGUAGAAAUUAUGAAACAUCGUUAUGAUGGAUUUGAAAAGGAAAUGAAUGCCAAUGCAUCACGUGUAGCUGUUGUUAAUCAACUUGCUCGGCAGCUUUUGCAUGUAGAACAUCCUAAUUCUGAAGAAAUAGUCUCUCGACAGAAUGAACUCAACCAAAAAUGGGCUGAAUUACGUGAAAAAGCAGAAAAUAAACGAGAAGCUUUGAACUCAGCUCAUGGUGUACAGACAUUCCACAUUGAAUGUCGCGAGACUGUAUCAUGGAUCGAAGAUAAAAAGAGAAUCUUACAACAAACAGAUGAUUUGGAGAUGGAUCUUACUGGUGUUAUGACUCUCCAAAGAAGAUUAAGUGGUAUGGAACGCGAUCUUGCUGCCAUUCAAGCUAAACUUGAUGCUUUAGAGAAAGAGGCAGCUUCCAUUGAACAAGAGCAUCCUGAAGAGGCAGAACUUAUUCGUGAGAGAAUUACACAGAUUCAUACAAUUUGGGAGCAAUUAACACAAAUGUUGAAAGAACGAGAUGCUAAAUUAGAAGAAGCUGGUGAUCUUCAUAGAUUCCUUCGUGAUCUUGAUCAUUUCCAGGCUUGGUUAACUAAAACCCAAACUGAUGUUGCUAGUGAAGAUACUCCAACAAGUUUGGCCGAUGCUGAAAAACUUUUGACACAACAUCAGAACAUCAAAGAAGAAAUUGAUAAUUAUAUUGAUGAUUACACAAAGAUGAUGGAAUAUGGUGAAAGAUUAACUAGUGAAGCCGGCAAUGGAGAUACCCAAUACAUGUUCCUCAGAGAAAGAUUGAAUGCUCUGAAAAUGGGAUGGGAGGAAUUACACCAGAUGUGGGCUAACAGACAGAACUUAUUAUCAAAUUCAUUGAAUCUUCAAGUGUUUGAUCGUGAUGCUAGGCAGGCAGAGGUAUUACUUUCUCAACAAGAACAUAUUCUGGCUAAGGAAGAAACACCGUUGAACUUUGAACAUGCAGAAAAUAUGAUCAAACGUCAUGAAGCAUUCAUGACCACUAUGGACGCCAAUGAUGAAAAAAUUAACUCAGUUGUGCAAUAUGCUGCUAGAUUGGUUGAUGAAGGCCACUUUGCUUCUGAUAAAGUCAAAAAGAAGGCAGAAAGCAUUAACGAACGACGCAACAUCAAUCGUGAGAAGGCUAAUCAGUUGAUGGAAAAACUUAAAGAUCAGUUACAGCUUCAAAUGUUCUUACAAGAUUGCGAAGAACUUGGAGAAUGGGUUCAAGAGAAACAUAUUACUGCACAAGACGAGACUUAUAGGAGUGCUAAAACCGUUCAUAGUAAGUGGAUGAGGCAUGAAGCAUUCGAAGCUGAAAUAGCUAGUAAUAAAGAUCGUUUAGAGAGACUUCAACGUGCUGCUCAAGAGCUCAUUGAUCAAAAGCCUGAAUUAAAAGAAAUAAUAACACCUAAAGUAUCAGAAUUGGCUAAUCAAUUUGAAGAAUUAGAGACCACAACACAAGAGAAAGGUAAGAGACUCUUUGAUGCUAAUCGUGAAGUUCUCAUUCAACAGACAUGCGAUGAUAUUGAUUCUUGGAUGAAUGAACUUGAGAAGCAAAUCGAAAGUACAGAUACCGGGUCAGAUCUUGCGUCUGUUAAUAUUCUUAUGCAGAAACAACAAAUGAUCGAGACUCAAAUGGCAGUAAAAGCUCGUCAGGUAGGGGAACUUGAUAAACAGGCUGAACAUCUUCAACAAACUGUUCCUGAUGAUAAAAUGGAGGAAAUCAAAGUUAAAAAAGAAAAAGUUGCACAACGAUUUGCACAACUCAAGGAGCCUCUAAUUGAUCGCCAACGUCAAUUGGAGAAAAAGAAGGAGGCCUUCCAGUUCCGUCGUGAUGUAGAAGAUGAAAAACUUUGGAUUGCUGAAAAAAUGCCACAGGCAACCAGCACUGAAUAUGGAAAUUCUCUCUUUAAUGUUCAUAUGUUAAAGAAGAAGAAUCAAUCUCUUAAAACCGAAAUUGAAAAUCACGAACCAAGAAUUAAUGCUGUUUGUAGUAAUGGAGAAAAACUUAUCAAUGAAGGCCAUGAAGCUACUCCAGAAUUUCAGCGACUUAUUUCUGAACUCAAUGAAAAAUGGGGUGAGCUCAGAGAAGCUGUUAAUGAUAGAAAUAAUCAUCUCCUUCAAAAUGAAAAGGCUCAACAAUAUUUCUUCGAUUCAACAGAAGCAGAAUCGUGGAUGAGCGAACAAGAACUUUACAUGAUGGUGGAAGAUCGUGGUAAAGAUGAAAUUUCAGCACAAAACUUGAUGAAGAAACAUGAAUCAUUAGAACAUGCUGUUGAAGAUUAUGCCGAGACUAUUCGCCAAUUAGGAGAAACUGCAAGACAAUUAAUAAAUAGUCAACAUCCUCUUGCAGAUCAAAUCGCCGUAAAACAAUCGCAAGUAGAUAAACUCUAUGCUGGCCUUAAAGAUCUUGCUGGUGAAAGACGAGCCAAAUUAGAUGAAGCAUUGCAGCUAUUUAUGUUGAAUCGAGAAGUCGAUGAUUUAGAACAGUGGAUUGCAGAACGAGAAUUAGUUGCUGGCAGUCAAGAGCUUGGACAAGAUUAUGAUCACGUUACACUUCUCUGGGAGAGAUUUAAGGAAUUUGCAAGAGAUACAGAAGCAAUUGGAUCCGAAAGAGUUGCAGCUGUUAAUGAAAUCGCAGAUUCUCUUAUUGCAACUGGACAUUCUGAUGCAGCUACAAUUGCAGAAUGGAAAGAUGGACUCAAUGAGGUUUGGCAAGAUCUCCUUGAAUUGAUUGAAACACGUACGCAAAUGUUGGCUGCUAGCCGUGAACUUCAUAAGUUCUUCCACGAUUGUAAAGAUGUUCUUGGAAGAAUCCUUGAAAAACAAAAUGCUAUGUCAGAUGAACUUGGACGUGAUGCUGGUUCAGUUUCUGCACUUCAACGUAAACAUGCUAAUUUUAUUCAAGAUUUGUCGACUCUUCAAAAUCAAGUUACUCAAAUUCAAGAAGAAUCCGCUAAAUUACAAGCUAGCUAUGCUGGAGACAAAGCUAGUGAAAUAACUAAUCGUGAAGCGGAAGUCGUUGCUGCUUGGAAUAAUCUACAAGCUCUUUGUGAAGGUAGAAAGGCCAAACUUGAAGAUACGGGUGACUUGUUUAGAUUCUUUAACAUGGUAAGAAAUCUAAUGAUUUGGAUGGAUGAUGUCGUGAGACAAAUGAACACUUCAGAAAAACCAAGAGAUGUAUCUGGUGUUGAAUUAUUAAUGAAUAAUCAUCAGAGCUUAAAGGCAGAAAUUGACACAAGAGAAGAUAAUUUAUUGGCUUGUAUAAAUCUUGGCAAAAAUUUACUUGCGAGGAAUCAUUAUGCAAGUGCACAAAUUAAGGAAAAACUUUCAGCAUUAACAGAUCAUAGAAAUGCUCUUCUACAUCGAUGGGAAGAACGUUGGGAGAAUUUACAACUUAUUUUAGAAGUAUAUCAAUUUGCAAGAGAUGCAGCAGUUGCUGAAGCUUGGUUGAUUGCACAAGAACCUUAUCUUAUGAGUCAAGAACUUGGACACACUAUCGAUGAAGUUGAAAAUCUAAUUAAAAAACAUGAAGCUUUUGAAAAAUCAGCGGCUGCUCAGGAUGAGAGGUUUAGUGCCUUGGAACGUUUAACGACGUUUGAGUUGAAAGAAUUAAAGAGAAGAGAACAAGAACGAGAAGAAGAAGAAAGACGUAAAAAAGAGGAAGCAGCGGCAGCAGAAGCAGCACGACUGGCUAAGACAACUCCUGUGACUAGCCCUGAUGAGCCAACAAGUGAAAGAACACAAGCUGACGGUGUAACGAGUGGUGAUCGGGCAGGUGACGAUGAUCACGUGGCACCGCGCAAGGCUUCUUCUACACGAACACCGCAAUCCCAAGAAAAACCCAAGGAAGUGCAUGCUCAAAGGUCUCAACAACUUUCUCCUUCUGGAGAUGUGGCACGCCCUGUUACAUCAUCUACUUCCAAAUCUCAAGUAUCUGUCCCAUCAACUUCAUCAACUCUGAAAGGAGGAAACGUCUCAGAGCCUGGUACGUUGAGACGUAAGGAACGAAGUCGCAGCAAAUCACCAUUCAGAAGUUUCCGUUGGAAAAAAUCUUCCAAGUCACCCAGCUUAGACCGUAGUGGUGUGAGUGAUGAUGAGCAUAGUUUUCACGAACAAAGAAGUCCAAGCGAUGAUGAAUUUGAAGGAACGUUGGUGCGAAAGCACGAAUGGGAGAGCACGACGAAGAAAGCAUCAAACAGAUCAUGGGACAAAGUUUAUAUGGUAAUCCGUGGACAAAGCUUUGUUGCAUACAAAGAUCAAAAGUCUUAUAAAGCAGCUCCAGACCAACUCUAUAAAGGUGAAGCACCUCUUGAUCUUCGUGGAGCUACUAUUGCUGUAGCAAUUGAUUAUACAAAGAAGAAACAUGUCUUCCGAGUAAAAACGCAAAGUGGAGCAGAUUUCUUGUUCCAAGCCAAAGACGAUGCUGAGAUGAAUGAAUGGGUUACAGUAUUGAAUCAAGCAGCCCAAGGCACUUCAGGUGCAAGCACAUCAAGAGCACACACUCUACCGGCACCGACUCAAGCCGAGACGAAACGACGCAGCUUUUUCACUCUCAAAAAAAAUUAAUCUAGAGACGUGAAACCAGAUAAAUUCAAAAGAACUUGAGUAUUAUGAUAUACAAUAGCAAAAUGGAAUGAUAUAGUGAAGCUAUUUCGUCGCUCUACUCUGUUAAAGCAACGUUAAUAACAAAUGAAAAGACCAGACUAUACUACAUAGUUGGAAGUGAUUUAACCAGAUUAAUUAAAGAGACACUUUUGGAUAGAAAAAAUUCAAUAGUAAAAUCUCGUGCAGCGAUAAAUAAGCAAAUUUGACGUUUUGAUAAGUUUUAGACAUUUUGCGAAGCUAAUUAUAGCAGAUAUGACAAAAUAACAUUCAAUUCCCAGGUUAACGUAACUAAUAUUUUCUUCAUUUUUUAAUUAUUUUCGCAAGGGUCGAUUAUAUAUUUUUGUUCGUAAAUAAUGAUAAUAGUGGCAAUUAUUCGAACAAAUGGAUAGCUUGCACAUAGUGCGCAAAAAUCAUGAAUUAUAUAUAUUAUUUUAUGUAAACAGAAUUUUUUUUUAAGUAAAAUAUUAAUUUAAAAUUUAUGAAUAGUAAUGCAGAACGCACAAUGUCUAUCACAGAGCCACUGUAAUGUCAACAGAAUCAAUUUGAAAAACAAUGGAAUAUCUUAAUUGUAAUUAUUAAUUAUUUUCUUUUAUAUAUUUUCUCUUUUACUAUCUUUUCAACAUGUAAACUAUUACAGUUUGCAUUUUAAUGACUGCCAUUUUUUUAAGAACUGUCACCUGGGAAAUAUUAUUAUAUUAAAAGAGAUAAAUAGCUUUUAACGAAUGUUAUUAUAUGCAAAAGAUAAAAAUUAAUAUUAAAAAAACAAUAACGAGAUAAAAAAAAUUAUUGUAAUAACGAAAGAGAGUUUCCUUCUAUACGAACAUUAAAUAUAAAUGACAAAUUAUAUUUAAAAAAAAAAUAUAAAUGCGAGUUAGUUUUCUCGACUUCUACAAAUGUUUCGUAUUUGUCUUCGAUUAAAAUCAACGCAAAAUAAAUAACAAUAAUGAUUCACGUGAGCUUCGAUGCAUGCGUAUCGGACACUGCAAUUUCGUAUAUAAAAUGGCUUGAUUAUAAUAAAGUUUUUAAUUGUUAUUAUUAUUAUUAUUAUGAUUAUUAUUUUAUAUAGUAUUUAUCAGAUGAUGCGUACUGUUUUAAAUUUUUUAGAAUGUAAUAUGAUAAAAAAGACAAAUAUUGUUGGUCUAAAACGACAAUUUUUUGUCAUUUUACUCUUAUUUCUGUUGCUUAUUUUUUACGCAUUCCUGCUAACAUAAUUCCUUCUAUUGAAUAAAUAAGACUUGAUCA